UGACAGGAGCCGAAGCAGCAGCGCAGGUUAUCCCCGUUUCCCCCCCCCCUCCCUUCCCUUCUCCGGCUGACUUCCCGGGACCCCUACACUCCACAGUCCCGGUCCCGCCAUGUCCCAGAAACAAGACGAAGAGAACCCUGCGGAGGAGACCGGCGAGGAGAGACAGGACACACAGGAGAAAGAAGGUAUUCUCCCUGAGAGAGCUGAGGAGGCAAAGCUAAAGGCCAAAUAUCCAAGCCUAGGACAAAAGCCUGGAGGCUCCGACUUCCUCAUGAAGAGACUCCAGAAAGGGCAAAAAUACUUUGACUCAGGAGACUACAACAUGGCCAAAGCCAAGAUGAAGAAUAAGCAGCUGCCAAGUACAGGACCAGACAAGAACCUGGUGACUGGUGACCACAUCCCCACCCCACAGGAUCUGCCCCAGAGAAAGUCCUCGCUCUUCACCAGCAAGCUUGCGGGUGGCCAAGUUGAGUGAUGCUGCCCGGGGCUCCGCCAGAUCCUGAGACGCUGCCCCCCUGGGUCCUGUGCUGGCUCCUGCCUCUCCCUGCUUUUGCAGCCAGGGGUCAGGAGGUGGCUCGGGCGCGGGCUGGAGAGGCAGAAGCCCCUGCCCGUUGGUGUCCCAGGGCAUGGAGCCCCUUGGGCUGAGCACCAAGACCUUGAACCUUUUUAUUUUACCUUUUUUCCAAAUAACUGUUGGGAGAAAUCUCAAUGAAAUCCUGGGGGUAGGGUUGAGAGGGUGGGGUGGGAGACUUGGGAGAAUAUGAAUUAGGGCUUGGAGUUGAUAAAAACAUUCCUAACUAUCCUCCUCCUUGACCAUGUGACUGGUGUAGGGUAGGUGUGAAGGGGAGGAAGUGGAGUAGACUAAAGGUAAGGAGUUCUAGUUCAGUUCUGUGGAUAAAUGCCUUUGGAUAUGGCUGGAGACCUGGUGCCAGACAAAAGAAACUCAGUCUACA